AGAAAACAGAUUCGAUCAUAUCCCUAACCCCUAAUCUUCGAUCUUUACACCCACAUUUCAAUAAAUUCUACACCAAUUUAAACUUUUUUCUUCUUUUUGGAAUUCCCUUUUUUAGAUUCAGAUAGAUUUUUUAUUUCACUCUCACGUUUAACAUAAUUUUACAGAAUUUUUUUCCUCACAAAUUCAACGACACCCUUUUGCUUACAUUGUUUGUGAUUGAAAGAAGAGAAAAUUGUUAAGGAAGGAGUUGAUUGCCAAGAAUUAAAAAAAAAAAUUAAAAAGGCUACUGUCAAAUGUUUGGUUCCGAUAGGAAUCCGGCGAGGGAUGCCGGCAGAGUGUCCACUGCCGGCAUGGUGUUGUUACCUAUUCAGUUUACAUGGCCACAUGGUGGUGACGAUGUCUCUAUAUCUGGCUCUUUCAAUGGGUGGACUGAGCUCGUGCGAAUGUCACAGGUUGAAGGUUGCCCCAAUGUAUUUAAAGCUGUCUGUGCCGUACCACAUGGCAGUCAUGAGUACAAGUUUUUUGUCGAUGGUGAAUGGCGACAUGAUGAACAACAACCUCACAGGAAUGGCGAAUAUGGAAUAGUUAACACUUUUGACACUCUACCUGUACCUGCAGAGGUCUCUCAGCAUCAAAUUCCUGCAGUUAUAUUGAACCAAACAAUACCUAGGAUUUCAGAAGAGGAUUUACGGGCCUCCCGGUAUCAAAUAUCUGCAUUCUUGGCAGCACAUACGGUUUAUGAGUUACUACCUGAGUCAGGCAAGGUUGUUGCAUUGGCUGUUGAUUUGCCUGUAAAACAAGCAUUUCAUAUUCUGGCUGAGCAGGGUAUCCCUGUUGCUCCUCUUUGGGACUUCUACAAGGGGAAGUUUGUUGGAGUUAUUAGUGCUUCGGAUUUUAUAUUGAUUCUAAGACAGCUUGGAAAUCAUGGAUCAACUUUGACAGAGGAAGAGCUUGAAACACACACUAUUUCUGCCUGGAAAGAGGGAAAGGCUCGCAGGAACGGACUAGUUGAUGGGCAUGGGAGACCAAUUCCAAGACAUCUCAUCUUUGCUGGGCCAGGUGAUAAUUUGAAGGAUGUAGCUUUGAAAUUUUUGCAAAAUGGAGUCGCCACAAUUCCUGUCAUCCAUUCAUCCUUAGAAGAUGGUUCAUUUCCCCAAUUAUUACAUCUUGCAUCGCUUUCUGGAAUACUAAAAUGCGUAUGCAGAUAUUUCAAACAUUGUUCUGGCUCUUUCCCCAUGCUACAAUUACCAAUUUAUGCUAUCCCUCUGGGUACAUGGGUUCCAAGAAUCGGAGAAUCCAGCAGUCGGUCAUUUGCGAUGCUGAGACCUACUUCUUCUCUUAGUUCAGCAUUAAAUAUGCUAGUUCAAGCUCGAGUAAGUUCAAUACCUAUAGUUGACGAUAAUGACUCAUUACUGGACAUAUAUUCUCGGAGUGACAUAACGGCAUUGGCGAAAGGCAGAGCUUAUACACAUAAUCUGAAUGAAAUGACUGUUUAUCAGGCAUUGCAAUUGGGACAAGAUUCCAACAGUCCUUAUGAGCCAAGAACACAAAGAUUUCAGAUGUGUUUGCAUACCGAUACAUUGCUUAAAGUGAUGGAACAAUUGGCAAACCCUGGUGUCAGACGACUUGUUAUCGUGGAAGCCGGCAGUAACCGCGUAGAAGGCAUUAUCUCGCUGAGCGAUGUUUUCAGGUUCUUGCUCGGUUAGUCCGAAAUAAUUUACAGAUGAACUAUCUAGGAGAGGUGAGUUUUUGCAGUGGCAUUUGGACUCCCAUGUCUUGUAGGCAACAUUCCGAGGCCCCAAUGUUCCGAAGAGACUGCAAUACUUCACACCGAUUAAUCGAAUCGAAUCAAAUCAAAUCUCAUUCAACCAUUGGAAUUGACUUCAUGCAUUUUGCUUGCAUAUUUUUAUUUUUAGAAAUUUAGGCCAAAGAAAGAGGCAUCAUUGUAAAUUUAAGAGAAUUUCAUUUUUUUUUCCUGCAAAAUUUAUCCAUCCCUUGCAAACCAAUGGUUUCACCAUGGUAGAUGGCCAUUAUCUGCUAGGAAAUAUGUGACCUGUAAUUGUUUUAGUUUAUUGUUGUCUUCAAGUUUAUAAGUAAAGAUAUGGGGGAGGAUUAUAUUACUUUA